AUGAUUAAACAAACCGUUCGUAAUUUAGCCACCCAAGCUGCCGGCUUCAAGAUAGCACAACCACCAAAGUUCACAUUGGCAUCGUUACGUACCUUCCCAUCUUUAGAACCACACACAUUUGUUCCCGUUCCAGCCAAAUUUUUAGAUCAUCCGUUAAGAAGAGACUUUUUAUGGAGUGCAGUUGUAUUUGAAGCUGACCGUGCAAGAGUGGGAUCAGGUAAUGUUAUAACCAAAGAUGAUAAAUUAUAUUCCAAUAGAAAAUUACGUCAACAAAAAGGAUCUGGUAGAGCCAGAGUUGGGGAUGCUAAUUCUCCAAGUAGGGACAAUCCAAUUAAAGCUCAUGGUAUCAAAGCAGGCCAUGACUGGUCUACUAAAUUACCAAGAAAGGUUUACCACAAGGCAUUUCAAACUGCAUUAUCCGAGCAAUACCGUCAAGGGAAGUUAUUUAUAAUAGGUGAAAGUGAAGAGUUAAAUAAAGAACAAGCUAGUGAGACUGAUAAGACCAUUCUUGACUUUGAUUACGAUUACGAAUAUGCCACUGAAAAAUUUGUUGAAACACAUGACUUAAACAAGUUACAAUUACUUUUCAUUACCGAUAACCAAAGAAUUAACUUGGUUAAAUCUACAGAAUUAAUCAGUGAAAAGGCCGACGUCUUAGUAAAAGAAGCCGUUGAAGUCAGGGAUAUCUUGAAAGCUAACAGAGUGUACAUCGAAGCUCCUGCUUUGCAAUGGUUUAUCAGUAAAUAUGGUACUGAAUAA